AUGAAUAACAGUAGCACUUUGUUAAUGCGCGACAAUGGAAUCGUCUAUAAUGGAUAUCACUGGAACUACGCAUCGCAGUUGGACGUGCACUCAUCUGGUUCCGAACCUCCUUUAGAAUAUGCCUCGUACUCAUUAAAAACCAGGGAGAUGAUGUUGUCUUAUCUAGUAGAUUGGUAUCGGUUCCAAUCUGCGCAAUGGUUGCCAUUAGAAUCAAACGAUCAUCAAUCCUCUCCAAAACUGUCGUACAAGUCUUAUGUCUAUUGGAAGAAACAUGCCCCAGAGGUUUUGGUUGGAUCUUGUAAUCAGAUAUGGGGUGGAGGUAGCUCUGGUAUUGUUGUCAAUGGCAGCCCAAUCAUUCAAGAUCCACUGAUCGGGACCUAUUUGUUUAGUAUGGUCGUAUUUGACGAAGCAUUGGGACAUAGGUUGGGUUCAUACCAAAUAGUUUCAAGACAGACAAAUUCCAUCACCAACUCAACUGACGAUGCGACAAGCAUCGAACCUUAUCCAAUCUCAAGUUUCAGACCUUUCUUUUCAGUGAAACCCUUUAUAGAGAUCCAAGCUGUUAGUAAAGGAGGACUUGACUCACAUGCCAUGUUCUAUAUUAACCAACGUCCAGGCUCCCUUCUUCAAAGAAUAAUGUCUCUCCCGAUUGGAACAGUUGUGGCAGUAAUCAUCGAUCAAAGUAAUCGAGCCGGUGGAGGAGAAGAAGAAGAAUCAGGAUUAUUCUCGGAUACAGACCUCAAUGUCGUGAAUGGAGCUGCAAACCGCGUAAGAACCUCUGACGAAUCACUAUAUUGCUGUUUGAAUGCGCUUAUUGUCGGUAGUCUCGAACCUGGGGAUUCUUUCUACCUUUAUUUGUCUGGACAUGGUGAAAUAGAUGAUGGCGAAUACAAUUUCCAAGCAAUCGAUAAGCCCGUAACAACACGAGAUAUUCAUAAAAAAGCAGUUGAAGCAUUUGGAUAUAAUAAAAGAGAAGGAUUCGUCGCUGUUGGUAUUGCACCUAAUGGCGAGAAAUGGGGAGCCCCCUACUUGGUCCGAGGACCCUUUUUUGGUGAAGAGACACCACUCUUCAUCCCAUUAGCCGCACCAAGAAGAGAUUAUAAUCAGUCGUCUCAGAUGAAUAAAGAAGUAGAUAAUCAGAAUCAAAAUGAACAAAAGAUAAAGAAAAAAGAGUUCCCAAGAUAUCAACCAUGUAGAAGUGUAGAUUGUUACAAGAAAAUAAAGACUAUCAAUGAAGGUACCUUUGGUAUUGUAUAUGCUGCAGAUUGUAAAGAAACAGGUGAAAGAGUAGCAUUGAAAAAGAUAAAGAUUAUUGAAAGAGAAUCACAAGGUUUCCCAAUUACAUCAGUUAGAGAGAUUAAAGUAAUGAUGGAACUUAAACAUCCUAACCUUGUUGAUGUUAAAGAAAUUGUAAUUGGUAAUCAUAACAAUAUAUUUAUGGUAAUGGAAUUUAUUGAACAUGAAUUAAAAGGAUUGAUGGAUGUAAUUAAAAAGCCAUUCUUGCAAUCAGAGAUCAAAACAUUGAUUCAUCAACUAUUGUCGGGAGUUGAAUUUCUUCAUAGUAAUUGGGUGAUUCAUCGUGAUUUAAAGACUGCCAAUUUGCUCUAUACCAACAAGGGUGUGCUAAAGAUUGCAGAUCUCGGGUUGGCAAGAGAAUAUGGUAGUCCUUUAAAACCAUUCUCAGAGGGUGUCGUUACACUUUGGUAUCGUGCGCCAGAACUUUUAUUAGAGGCUACAAUCUAUUCGACACCUAUCGAUAUUUGGUCAGUUGGUUGUAUAUUUGCAGAAAUCAUAUCAAGAGAAAUAUUGUUACCUGGAACAUCAGAAAUUGACCAAUUACAAAAAAUAUUUAAUCUACUUGGUACUCCAAAUGAACAAAUAUGGCCUGGUUUCUCUAAAUUACCACUUGUUAAAAAAUUAAAUAUUGUUCCUCAACCGUAUAAUAAUUUAAAAUCAAGGUUUCCACAUAUUACAGACAAUGCAUAUGAUUUAUUAUCAAGAUUAUUAACAUAUGAUCCAGAAAAGAGAAUAAGUGCAUCAGAAGCUUUACAACACCCAUACUUUUUUGAAAGUCCUCCUAUGAGAGACCCAUUACUUAUGCCGACUUGGCCAGAAUCUCAUUAA